AUGGACCACAAGCACAAUCUGGAUAUGGACCACAAGCACAAUCUGGAUAUGGACCACAAGCACAAUCUGGACAUGGACCACAAGCACAACCUGGAUAUGGAUCACAAGCACAACCUGGAUAUGGACCACAAGCACAAUCUGGAUAUGGACCACAAGCACAACCUCGAUAUGGACCACAAGCACAAUCUGGAUAUGGACCACAAGCACAACCUGGAUAUGGAUCACAAGCACAACCUGGAUAUGGACCACAAGCACAACCUGGAUAUGGACCACAAGCACAACCUCGAUAUGGAUCACAAGCACAAUCUAGAUAUGGACCACAAGCACAACCUGGAGACAGUUCACAAGCACAAACAAGAGACAGUCCUCAAGCACAAACAAGAAACCGACCACAAGCACUAA